AUGUCGCUGAAACUAGUCACCCUGUCCGGUCUUUUGGCCUUUUCAAAACUUGUCCUGGCCACUGGUGCUGCUACCGAAGUUGCAGCCUCAGCACCCACCUCAGGAACAGAUACUGUCCAUGGUUGUUACUCGAAUAUCGACGGGCUUACGUUUAACGGAACAUACGAAUUCAACGCGCAAGGAAAAUGUGCCGGAUACUGCCGCGACUUGGGCCUAUAUGUCGGUGCAAGCAACGCCCAAGACUGCUACUGUGGCAGUGAAUAUCCCGCCCUAAACACAUUGGUCGACGAUAGCGAGUGCACUGAGCCUUGCCCUGGCUUUGGCCAAGAAGCCUGUGGUGGAGCCGACACCUACACAGUCUACAACACUGGUGUCAGGGUUACUGUCAAGAACGCAGACAACAUUACUGACACCAGCUCGUCAUCUUCAAGCAGCUCCACGGCGGCGUCGUCUACGACGUCCAAAGCUGCCGUCUCGACCAGCGCUGGUGUAAUUGUCACCGUGACGCCGACAGAGACCGCCUCUAGCAACAGUGGUUCUGGCUCAUCUAAGACGGUGGGCAUCGCUGUUGGUGUAGUUGUGGGUGUUGUCGCCGUUGCCGCCAUCGCUGGUGCUGGUAUCUUCGUUACCCGACGCAGACGUAACCGAGAAAUUGAGGAGGAACACCGCCGUAACGCUGCGGUCAAUGCUUUCAUUUCCGGAGGAAAGCCCCCUUCUAGCAGCGGCGGCCUUUCCCUCUCUGACCAGCGUCUGGACCCUGUCAUGGCUCAAAGGAGGAUGAGCAGCGGUAGCAUUGCAGACGAAGCAGACUACUCGCGUAGGAUCCUGAGGGUUACCAAUGCAUGA